AUGGCGUUCGUCAGUGGACUCUGGAACUCACUCGUUGGUUGCAACGAGAAAGAAGUAAUUUGGCAGGAAUUGUCCAGGUUGUACCUAGACAGUACACUGAAGUACUUGUCUGUAUCAGAAAUAGACAAAGAAGGAGUGCCUAUUGUAUUCGGCGAAGCUCACAGAAUUAGUUUUAAUAAAAGUGCUUUUGGUUACACAUAUACGCCGUUGAAUUUCGUCAGUAUAUAUCAUAUUGAUACAAGAAAAGCUGAAGUAAAAAUGCCGAGCGGCCAAGUAGACACACCCGUCAUUGAAGACAACAGGGACGGGACAGUCAGCAUCAAAUAUGAGCCAAGAGAAGAAGGCGUUCACGAACUGUAUGUUAAGUACAAUGGAGAACACGUUCAAGGCUCUCCCUACAAGUUCCAUGUUGAUUCCAUUGCAUCAGGAUACGUGACGGCAUACGGACCCGGACUCCUGAAUGGUGUCAGUGGAGAGCCCAGCGAGUUUACUAUUAGCACUAAAGGUGCUGGGUCUGGAGGACUGUCAAUGGCUGUGGAAGGUCCUAGUAAAGCCGAGAUCACAUGCCACGACAACAAAGAUGGCACCGUAUCCGUAUCAUAUUUGCCCACUGCUCCUGGAGAGUAUAAAAUUUCUGUCAGGUUCGGAGACAAGCAUAUCAAGGGCUCCCCUUUUCUGGCUAAGGUUACUGGCGAAGGUCGCAAGAGGAACCAGAUCUCUGUAGGCAGUUGUAGUGAGGUCACUUUACCAGGAAAAGUCAGUGACAAUGAUAUCCGCUCACUGAACGCGUCUAUCCAGGCGCCUUCUGGCCUCGAAGAGCCCUGCUUCCUCAAACGCCUACCAUCCGGAAACAUUGGCAUCAGUUUCACUCCACGCGAGGCCGGCCAGCACAUCGUGUCUGUGAAGAAGAUGGGUGUCCACAUUCAGAACUCUCCGUUCAAUAUCACUGUCACAGCACAGGAAGUUGGUGAUUCUAAGAAAGUGCAGGUUUCUGGCAAUGCCCUUAAAGAAGGCAAAACCCAUAGCGAAAAUACCUUCACUGUCGACACCAGAAACGCUGGAUACGGUGGUCUAUCACUAUCUAUUGAAGGUCCUAGCAAAGCCGAAAUUCAGUGCGCUGACGGCAAAGAUGGUGUUCUUGCCAUCAGCUACAAACCCACAGAGCCAGGUUACUACAUUGUCAACCUGAAGUUUGCUGAUCAUCACGUUGAGGGUUCUCCCUUCACUGUCAAGGUUUCUGGUGAGGGUAGCAAUAGACAAAGAGAGAAGAUCCAGAGACAACGGGAUCAAGCUCCUCUAACCGAAGUCGGCACUAACUGUAAACUUACCUUCAAAAUGCCUGGUAUCACAUCCUUCGACCUGGCGGCCACAGUCACAAGCCCUGGUGGAGUAUCUGAAGACGCGGAAAUCCAAGAAGUUGAAGACGGACUAUAUUCAGUCCACUUCGUGCCAAAGGAACUCGGUGUCCACACCGUGUCUGUCAAGUACAGGGAGAUUCAUAUUCCAGGAUCCCCAUUCCAGUUCACAGUGGGUCCUCUGAAGGACUCAGGAGCUCACUUAGUCAAGGCUGGAGGACCAGGUCUUGAGCGCGGUGAAGCCGGACGGUUCAACGAGUUCAACGUGUGGACGAGAGAAGCCGGCGCUGGUCAGCUUGCGAUAUCCCUCGAAGGACCUAGCAAAGCUGAAAUAGACUUUAAAGACAGAAAGGACGGAUCCUGUGACGUCUCCUACAAAAUUGAAGAGCCUGGUGAAUACCGCAUCGGUCUCAAGUUCAACGAACAGCACAUCCCAGACUCACCCUUCAAGGUGUACAUUUCCCCAGCGGUGGGAGACGCAUAUCUGCUGGAAGUUGCCCAGUUCCCAGACUCGGCGCAAGUUGACAAACCUACCCAGUUCUACAUCAGGCUCAAUGGGGCUAAGGGUACUUUAGAUAGCAGGGUAACCUCACCCUCGGGCAAGAGCGACGACUGUUUCAUCCAGAACAUCGACGGAGACCAGUACAGCAUCAGGUUUAUGCCGCGGGAGAACGGUGUCCACAACAUCAAUGUUAAGUUCAACGGUGUGCAUAUCCCGGCUUCACCUCUAAGAAUCAAGGUUGGAAAGGAUGAUGCUGAUCCUGCGGCGGUUCACGCUCACGGUCCUGGAUUGGGCACAGUCAAGACUGGUGUUAAAACCGAUCUUAUAAUUGACACUUGUAAUGCGGGUGUUGGUUUACUGGCCGUCACCUUGGAUGGACCUUCCAGAGUAGCUAUGGACUGCACGGAUGUUGAUGAGGGUUACAAGGUACGUUACACUCCUCUCGCUCCUGGGUUCUACUACUUGAGUAUCAAGUACAACGGAGCUCAUAUCGUCGGAUCACCAUUCAAGAUUGAAGCCACCGGUGCAAAUCUAGCUGAAAUCGGCGCACAAGAAACAUCAUCAGUUACAGUAGAAACGGUCCAGAAGGUGGCUAAAUCUGCACAAAAACUUGGACCUGUCCUGCCCAACUUUAAGUCUGACGCCAGCAAAGUCACAAGCAAGGGCAUGGGCUUAAAGAAGGCCUACCUCAAUAAACACAACCAGUUCACGGUCCACGCUGGGGAUGCUGGCACCAACAUUUGUUACGUCGGCAUCUACGGUCCCAAGGGUCCCUGCGAUGAGGUCCAACUGAAGCACAAAGGCAAGAACAACUAUGAAUGCUGGUACGUCGUCAGAGAUAGGGGAGACUACAUUGUCAUCGUCAAAUGGGGUGAUGAACACAUCCCCGGAUCUCCUUACAAGGUCGAAGUCUAA